CUUGGCAUUGUAUCGUGCCAGUGCGUGGGGUUGGAGGAUUUGAUGCGUGUGUGGGAAGCAUAGCAGUGUUAGGGAUGAUCGAGGCACUCAGGGUCCAAAUUUAGAAGUCAAGGUGUUGUUCUCAAGUGCUCGCAAGACCCGGAGACCGGGCAACGGAGAAAAAAGCAGAGAAAUGGAGCUCAGAGUCGGCAACAAGUAUCGAUUAGGUAGAAAAAUUGGCAGUGGAUCGUUCGGCGAUAUUUACUUAGGUACAAAUAUAUCGACUGGGGAGGAGGUGGCCAUCAAGUUAGAAAGCCUUCGAACGAAACAUCCUCAGCUUUACAUCGAAUCUAGAUUUUACAAGAUGCUUCUAGGUGGAGUCGGGAUCCCGGUAGUAAAAUGGUACGGCACUGAAGGCGACUACAACGUCAUGGUGAUGGAGCUGCUGGGUCCCAGUCUAGAGGACCUCUUCACCUUCUGUUCAAGGAAGUUCUCACUGAAGACGGUGCUGCUGCUGGCCGAUCAGAUGAUCACACGCAUCGAGUACACGCAUUCGCGGAAUCUGAUCCACCGCGAUGUCAAGCCCGACAACUUCCUCAUGGGCCUGGGCAAGAAGGGCAACCUGGUCUACAUCAUCGACUUCGGCCUGGCAAAGCGGUUUAUCAACGAGAGGACCCACAUCCACAUUCCGUACAGAGAGGACAAGAACUUGACAGGAACGGCACGCUACGCCUCCCUCAACACUCACAUCGGCAUCGAGCAAAGUCGAAGGGACGACAUGGAGUCACUGGGCUACGUGCUCAUGUACUUCAACCGAGGCUCGCUGCCGUGGCAGGGCCUCAAGGCCAACACCAAGCGGCAAAAGUACGAGAAAAUCAGCGAGAAGAAACUCACCGUGCCCAUCGAAGAGCUCUGCAAGGGGUUCCCAGGAGAGUUCACCGCCUACCUGAAGUGCUGUCGUGCCCUGUCUUUCGACGGCCGGCCGGACUACUCGUUCCUGCGCCAGCUCUUCCGCACCGUGUUCCACCGGGAAGGCUUCACCUACGACUACGUCUUCGACUGGAACAUGCUCAAAUUUGGCGGCUCGAAGAAGACCGAGAGUGAGGAGCGCGACCGGCGCCACCGGAGCGGCCACGCCGGCGCGCACCGGCUGGCCGGCGCGUCGCCGGCGCCCGCACCAGCCGCCCUGGGUGAGUCCGCCGCCGCCGCUGCCGCCGCCCGCCGAUCCCGCUCCUCUCGUCCGCCGCUCCCACUGGACCGCCCUCCGCCUGAACCACCGCCCGAACACUGCCCGAACACCGCCCGAACACGGCCCGAACAUCCGGGCUGA